GCCCCCCAGCCCGCUUCCUUCCCCCAAGUCGCCGGCAAGCCUUUCCCCGCUGAGCAGCGCUCCUUUUCCUUCCCACUUGGCCUGCCUUUAGCCGAGCUGGGGCUGCACCCUAGGGGAGCCGGAGGCAGGAUGCAGAAGGGGAAACAGCCGCUGCAAGCCUCCCCAGACAGCCGGGGCACUGCUGCUGCCGUCCCGGACAGCCCCUCUACCAUCCUACCGAAGAAAGGCAGCCGGCUCCUGGGGGCCCUGAGAAAGAGGGACUCAGGCCACCCUGGAGAUGGCCAAGGUUGGGGCUCGCACAGCCUCCUUCCUCCUGCUAGCUUUGGGGAUCCUGGUGGCCAUCAUUGUGUCUGCCAGCAUCCUGGCCCCACGCCGUCCAUGCACGAAAAGCUACCCCACCGCGGCUGUAGCGGCUGACGCCAAGAACUGCUCAGACAUUGGCAGGGAUAUCCUGAAGUCAGAUGGCUCCCCAGUGGACGCAGCCAUUGCUGCCCUGAUCUGUACCUCUGUGAUCAACCCUCAGAGCAUGGGCCUGGGAGGUGGGGUCAUCUUCACCAUCUACAACGCCAGCACAGGAGAGGUAGAAGUGAUCAACGCUCGGGAAACUGUGCCCAAGACCGUCCCCCUGAGUCUGCAGAAGCGCUGUGAGACAGAUAAGCCGCUGGGAAAAGGGGCCUACUGGAUCGGAGUCCCGGGAGAGCUGCGAGGUUACCAGCUGGCGCACCAGCGCCACGGCCGCUUGCCGUGGGCCCAGCUUUUUGAGCCCACCCUGCGCCUGCUCCAAGAGGGCAUCCACGUGCCCAAGGUCCUGAGCUUGUUCCUCAACAGCCCGCUCAGCCAGGCCAUAAAUAGCUCCAGCCUACGCCAGCUGUUCUUCAAUGGGAAGGAGCCGUUGGCAGAAGGGGCGGCCCUGGCAUGGCCGGCGCUGGCCCAAACGCUGCAGAUCGUGGCCGAGAAGGGCGCGGAUGAGUUCUACGAGGGAUCUUUGGCCGAGGAUCUUCUGACUGACCUUGCCAGGGAAGGGAGCGCACUGACGAAGGAGGAUCUGGCCAGCUUCCAGGCUCAGGUGGUCAAGCCCCUGGCCCUGAGCCUGGGGGACUACACUCUGUACUCGCCCCCACCCCCCGCAGGAGGAGCCAUCCUCAGCUUUGUCCUCAACGUGCUCCAAGGCUUUCGAUUCCCCCAGGACGCCCUAGCCCAGCUCGAGGGGAAGGUCAGCACUUACCACCAGGUGGUGGAGACCCUCAAGUUUGCCAACGGACUCAAGUGGAAGCUGAGAGAUCCUCGGAGCUACCCAGAAUCCCCGGAGGUGUACCGGGACCUGCUGACUGAUGACCUGGCCCAGAAGGUCCGGAACCUGAUCGGCGCCCAGGGCAAUCACACAGCCAGCUACUACAAUCUCAGCUCAACCAGCGUGGGGGGGCAGGAGGCAGGCACCUCCCACGUCGCUGUCCUGGGCAGCGACGGCAGUGCUGUGUCUGCCACCAGCACCAUCAACACCCCGUUUGGUUCCAUGGUGUAUUCCCCACAGACGGGGCUCAUCCUCAACAACCAACUGUUAGACCUCUGCUGGAGGACCACUCCGGGAUCCAGCAUGCUGUCGGAUGCAGUUCCAGGGGAAAGGCCCCCCUCCUCCACAGCACCAUCCAUCUUGCUCUCCAAAGAUCGGAAGUCCGAGCUGGUGAUUGGGGGCUCCGGAGGGCAACUGAUACUUCCAGCCACGGCCUUGGCCAUCAUGAAUAACCUAUGGUUUGGUCUGGACCUCCAUGAAGCCAUCAAGGCCAAGAUUCUCCAUGUGCUCCCCAACACCAAGGUUCUCUUCGAGCCAGGCUUUGACAAGGAGGUCAAGGAUGGGCUCAUUAAUCGUGGACACAAGUAUCAAGAAACCCCGAUCUGGCUGAACGUGGUGCAGGCCGUGGCCAGGGACAGGCUGGGCUGCAUCCACGCCGAAUCAGACAAGAGGAAGCUGGGGGGAGGCAGCUGGCUACUGGAGCCAGGGCCAGACCCUCCCCACACCCACCUCACCAGCUCUUCCAUCUCAGAGUCGGCGAGGAUGCUGUCCCAGAGGCUGGGCAGUGAGAGGCCAGCCAUGGGCCCCCUCCCCCACAGUCUGCCAUCCCACCAGCUCAGCAGUGACCAGUGGGGCUCCCCAAGAGCAGCGGCAGCUGGGGGGGCCACCGUCUUCCUGUUUUCUUUUUCCUCCUUGUCCCUCCCGGACCUAGUGGGCGUGACAUUCAUUACCACUCAAUACCUAUGCUGGUUUUUUAAAGAAAGAUAAGAAAAAUGGAGGGGUGGUGACCACCUGUCCCUGUGUAUCCUGGGGAGCAGCUGGGACCUCAGACUUUCAAAGAUGGGUCAAUGAAGUCCAAGCUCUGCCUUCCAGAAGGACCUGGGUCUGAGCUGAAUCUGGAGGCUUCCGCUCAGGUGGCUGACACUCUCCGAGAUCACCACCCGCCCUCUUGGGGCCAUGCCAGAGAGGCUACAGAGUUGGCAUGGAAGGCCAGGCCGGCAGCCCACCCGAAGCAUCCCAGCCCAACCCCCAGCCUGGGGGAGGACACUUCCCCUCUCCUCAGUCAUCAGCAUUAAGCAGCUUUCGUUGUUGCUGAGCCAUUUCCAGUGUUAUCAACAACAUGCCUCCUUUGGGGUUUUCUGGAGCCGCUUACCAUGUCCUUCCCCAGCUCAUUUUACAGAUGAGGAAACUGAGGCACACAGGCUGAAGUGACUUUCCCAGGGUCACACAGCUAAGAAAUGUCUGCUGCUGGACUCCAGGGCCCAGAACUCUCAUCACACUGUCACCCAUUGCCUCUAAGUCCUUCAGUCCCAGCUGCUCCCCCGGCAUUUAGUAUGGUGCCUUCACACACACCCCUUCCCCCACCAACACUCUGUUCUCAAGAAUCUUGACCCCCAGAACUUCCUGGGAAUGAGCCUGCUCUUCCCCAAGUCUCACUGCCCCCUUUCUCCCUAUGCCUUAGAAAUUCUCAGAACCCUUAUUGAAAAUGGUACCCUUAACAAAGACCUGCCAGUUAUAAAAGGAACAGUGUGCAUAGGCUGAUGCUCCCCUCACCUCCAUAAGCGGCUCCCGUAAGAGCUAAGUCCAUCUCCAUCCCCCUGGCCGGGAGCUCAGCAGCCUCUUUGGUGGGAGCAGCACCUGCUCUGCUGGGUGCAGAAAUCCUCUGCUUUCUGCCCUGUCAGGCAGGCAAACCUUCCUGGGGGGUCCAUAGGUCACAGGUCAUGGGCCGGCAACCCCAGGCUCAGUCAGGGCCCAGCUUUAAUCACCUGCUCCUCCAGUUACCGUGUGGGAUUAGGACACAAACACAUAGAAACGACACAUUACACAAGGGAGGGCACGAGAGCCAGGACCUGGGUCAGCUCCUCUGCCCACAUUCUGAACCACUGGGCUCAAGCAGAGCCAAACCGGAGAAGCUAUGUGUCUGGGGCACAGUUCGUUGUGGUGUUUGCUUUGUUGUUGUUGUUAUCGGCAUAUCUCCAAUUUAUUUCCAUAAAAUGUGUAUAUUAUUUUACUGUCGAGGACAGAGGGGCAACCACGCCUGGACUUAAACAUCAUAGUGACAGGUGUGCUUAUAGAGGAUGUAGAAAUGUAAUGAAAAA